AUUAUUCCCUUGGAGCUACAGUUGUCAUCAACAGAAACAGUCGCCUCUCUGGAAGUCGUAUAGCAGAGUGUCCGGUUACACCGUAAAGCCUGGGCUGCCUCAUAAAACACGGCCAUUACCGAGCAGACCAGCGCUGUGCCCUGAUCCCCGUGUGCCAAGGCAGGCUAGAGCUUCAUCAUGGCUCCUAUGAUGCAGCAUGUCCAUCUGGUGCCAGAGGAGGAUGAAGAGGAUCUGUAUUCGGGUUACAAUGAUUACAACCCUACAUAUAACACGGAGGAUUUAGAGAAUGACGAGGCUUUUCAGCAUGCUCUGAGAACGAGCCAUGGACGGAGGCCCCCGAUUACAGCAAAAGCCCCGGGAACAGCAGCUCCACGUGCAUUGGGGACUGGAUUUGGUGCCAGGGGAACCCUUUUCUCAUCAAUAGGAAGACCCGUGACUGGAGCUGUGCAGGAUGGAGCUGCUCGACCUAUGACUGCAGUGCGUGCAGCCGGCUUCACCAAGACUGCUCUCAGAGGCGCUUCGUUUGAUCCCCUUGCCCAGUCCCGAGGGCCUGCUCCUCCUUUGGAAGCUAAAAGUGAAGACAGUCCUGAAGAAAAGAUAAAGCAACUGGAAAAGAAAGUUAAUGAACUUAUUGAAGAAAGCUGUAUUGCCAAUAGCAAUGGAGAUUUAAAACUGGCUUUAGAGAAGGCAAAAGAAGCUGGAAGGAAGGAGAGGGUCUUGGUAAGGCAGAGGGAGCAGAUCUUGUCUCCAGAAAACAUUAACCUCGACCUAACUUACUCGGUAUUGCUUAACCUGGCCAGCCAGUACACAGCAAAUGAGAUGUAUGCCGAGGCGCUCAAUACCUACCAAGUGAUAGUGAAGAACAAAAUGUUUAGCCAUGCAGGGCGCCUAAAGGUUAACAUGGCAAACAUCUACUUGAAACAAAAGAACUACUCCAAGGCUAUUAAGUUUUACCGUAUGGCUCUGGAUCAGAUCUCCGGGGCCCACAGAGAGAUGAGAAUCAAGAUCAUGCAGAAUAUCGGAGUGGCGUUUGUAAUGACCGGUCAAUACGCAGAUGCCAUUAACUCAUUCGAACACAUCAUGGGCGAAUCCCCCAAUCUGAAGGCCGGCUUCAAUCUGAUCCUGUGCUAUUUUUCUGUCGGAGACAGAGACAAAAUGAAAAAAGCUUUCCAAAAGCUAAUUGCCGUACCUUUAGGGAUUGAUGAGGAGGACAAGUAUAUUGCUCCAAGCGAUGAUCCACAUGCAAAUCUGGUCAUAGAAGCUAUUAAAAAUGACAGCCUCCAUCAGAUGGAACGGGAAAGGAAGGCAUUAGCUGAAAAAUACAUCAUGACCGCUGCAAAACUUAUAGCACCUGCAAUUGAAACCUCCUUUGCUGUUGGAUAUGACUGGUGUGUCGAAGUAGUCAAAGGAUCGCAGUAUGUAGAAUUGGCAAAUGACUUGGAAAUAAACAAAGCAAUUACCUACCUGAGGCAGAAGGACUUUAGCAAGGCUGUAGAAACCUUGAAAAUGUUUGAGAAAAAAGAGAGCAGAGUGAAAAGUGCCGCUGCGACCAACCUUUCAUUCCUUUACUUCCUGGAGAAUGAUCACUCUCAGGCUGACGUCUAUGCAGAUUUAGCAGUAUCAUCUGACAGAUACAAUCCGUCCGCUCUAACCAAUAAAGGGAAUGUUGUGUUUGUAACCGGAGACUAUGAAAAAGCCACAGAAUACUACAAGGAAGCUCUGAGAAAUGACUCGUCCUGUACCGAGGCUCUCUAUAACUUAGGUCUGACCUACAAGAAAGUAAACCGCCUGGAGGAGGCCUUGGACUGUUUUCUGAAGCUUCAUGCGAUUUUCAGGAACAGCGCCCAGGUUCUCAGUCAGAUAGCAAGCUUGUAUGAAAUGCUUGAAGAUACAAGUCAGGCCAUCGAGUGGCUCAUGCAGCUUAUCAGCGUCGCUCCUACUGACCCACAUGCGCUGACCAAACUUGGGGAGCUCUAUGAUACAGAAGGAGACAAGUCUCUGGCGUUCCAAUACUACUACGAGUCCUAUCGCUACUUCCCUUCAAACAUCGAGGUGAUUGAGUGGCUCGGAGCUUAUUACAUUGACACCCAGUUUUGUGAAAAAGCCAUUCAGUACUUUGAGAGAGCGGCACUUAUUCAACCUACUCAAGUGAAAUGGCAGCUGAUGGUAGCGAGUUGUUACAGAAGAAGUGGAAGUUAUCAGAAAGCACUUGAUACGUAUAAGGAGAUUCACAGGAAGUUUCCAGACAAUGUUGAGUGCUUGCGUUUCUUGGUGCGUCUCUGCACUGAUAUCGGGUUAAAGGAAGUUCAGGAAUAUGCAACCAAACUUAAGAAAGCAGAAAAAAUGAAAGAAAUAAGGGAACAGCGAGUACGAUCCGGCAGAGAUGGCAGCGCUAGAAGUCGAAGAGAGGGAAGUGCCAGCAGCGAUAGCGGGCAGAGCAGUGGAGCAAGUGCUAAAGGAGAACGCCUUAGUGCUAAGCUAGGAAGUCUGCCUGGAUCAAACGACCCGUAUGAAGCCAGUAGCAAUAAGGAAAUAGAUGCUUCAUAUGCCGACCCGCUGGGCCCUCCAAUGGAACGUCCAAAAACAGCUGCAAGGAAAAGAGUAGAUGAAGAAGAUUUUGCAGAUGAAGAAUUAGGGGACGACUUACUCCCAGAAUGAUGUUGUUUUGGGGAAUAACAUAGUAAGAGACAGACUGAUGCUGGUGACCUUGUUUAUUUUGUCCUAAUUUACCUGUGAUGCAUAGCCUCAUAACAUAAUGCAUUCCACUGACUUUUCUACCAUCCCGUUCACUGUAGAAGAAUUGAGAAGUAUUUUUGCAUUUUUUAAUAAAAUAUAUUUAAGC